CCACAGAGAGACAAAAGAGAGCUAGGCAAAAAAUAAUGUGCUUGGGUGUGAAGUAAUGGAAAGAGAUGGUUGUCGUAGUUCUUGUUGGCGUAAAAGAGUGUGGAAAUAGAUGAAGCAGUUGAGCGUGUGCAGAGUAGAGCAGAGAAGAAAAGAAAGGACUGUUUUGCAGUCGACCGCCGAGAGUUUAACUUGGGUUUUCUGUUCAUUUUUCUUAUUUUUUCCAACGUCAAACAGCAUUCUCCUCCCCAUCUCCUCUCUGCUACUUGCUUUGCCCGCAGUUCAGUUUUCUUUUUUAUUAUUAAAUUUUCCCCCAAUAAACGCCCGCGAAAAUGCCAUAACGCCUGUGAUCGGCCAAUCUCGUAAUGGUCAUCGUCAUUCUUUGCAGCGCGGCUAACAGCUUGCGCGUACAGAGGUUAAAAAAUAGAACAAGGAAUUAAGCACUUGUCGAAUCUAUCAAACUCAUUAUUUGUUCCCCUUUUUCUCCCCACUAUUCCUUUCUCUUUUUUACUUUCAGUUUCCUACAUUU